AGAAGGUCAGCAAGGGGAAGUGGAAGUUGGGUUCUGAGUGAUCAAGGUGGCCAUAGGGAUUUAAUAGUCGUUGACAUUUUGGAGAUUGGAUCAACUAGCCUGGGGGGUUCUCCUUGGAUUUCUCGCCUGUUGCCUGUCUUUGUCUUCUUUCUUCUGACUUCAAGAUGAAUGUGCAGGCUUGCUCUAGAUGUGGAUAUGGGGUUUAUCCUGCUGAGAAGAUCAGCUGUAUAGAUCAGAUAUGGCAUAAAGCGUGCUUUCACUGUGAAGUCUGCAAGAUGAUGCUAUCGGUUAACAACUUUGUGAGUCACCAGAAAAGGCCAUACUGUCAUGCCCAUAACCCCAAGAACAACACUUUUACAAGUGUCUAUCACGCUCCAUUAAACCUAAGUAUGAGGAGGACUCCAGAGGCCAUCAGUGAGAUGGAUGAGCAAGAAGAUGGUGAGCGAUUUAAAUCAGUCUUUCAUUGGGACAUGAAAUCCAAGGACGGGGAAGCUGCACCUAACAGGCAACCAUUGGUGAAUGAGAGAACCUAUUGGACUGGAUAUGGGGAAGGGAAUACUUGGUGCCCGGGAGCUCUGCCAGACCCGGAAAUUGUAAGGAUGGUUGAGGCACGAAAGUCUCUUGGUGAGGAGUAUACAGAAGACUCUGAGCAACAGAGAGGAAAGGGGAGCUUUCCGGCCAUGAUCACGCCUGCCUAUCAAAGGGCCAAGAAAGCCAACCAGCUGGCCAGCCAAGUGGAAUACAAGAGAGGGCAUGAUGAGCGCAUCUCCAGGUUCACCCCGGUGGCAGAUACCCCUGAGCUGCUACGGGCCAAGGCGGGGACACAGCUUCAAAGUGAUGUGAAAUAUGCAGAGGAGUAUGAACAGCAGAGAGGGAAGGGCAGUUUUCCUGCUAUGAUCACACCAGCCUAUCAGAUAGCCAAGCGAGCCAAUGAGCUGGCGAGUGAUGUGAGAUACCAUCAACAAUACCAAAAAGAAAUGAAGGGAAUGGCCGGUCCUGCUGUCGGGGCUGAGGGCACGUUUACAAAGGAAUAUGUAGACCAGUAUGGCCAGUCCAAGGUGGAGUAUAAGAAGGAUCUGGAAAGUAGUAAAGGUCACAGCAUAAACUACUGUGAAACGCCUCAAUUCAGGAACGUGAGCAAGAUCUCAAAAUUCACCAGUGACAAUAAAUAUAAAGAAAACUACCAGAACCACAUGAGAGGCCACUAUGAAGGAGUUGGUAUGGACAGACGGACUCUCCAUGCUAUGAAAGUUGGAAGUCUGGCAAGCAAUGUUGCCUACAAGGCUGAUUAUAAACAUGACAUUGUUGACUACAACUACCCAGCCACUCUCACUCCUUCCUAUCAAACCGCCAUGAAACUGGUUCCCUUGAAAGAUGUGAAUUACCGCGCUGACUAUGAGAAAAAUAAACUGAAUUACACACUGCCACAGGAUGUGCCUCAGCUGGUGAAGGCCAAAACCAAUGCCGAGCUAUUUAGUGAGGUUAAGUACAAAGAAGGCUGGGAGAAGACAAAGGGAAAAGGAUUUGAGAUGAAGCUGGAUGCUAUGUCUCUGCUGGGCGCCAAAGCCUCUGGGGAGCUUGCUAGCAACAUUAAAUACAAAGAAGAAUACGAAAAAACAAAAGGCAAAGUCAUGGGAACCACUGACUCCAGGCUGCUGCACUCGCUGCAGGUUGCCAAGAUGAGCAGUGAGGUUGAGUAUAAGAAAGGCUUUGAAGAGAGUAAGACCCACUUUCAUCUGCCCAUGGAUAUGGUGAACAUUAGACAAGCGAAGAAGGCCCAAGCUCUCGCCAGUGACCUGGACUACAGGAAGAAACUGCACAAGUUCACAGUGCUGCCUGAAGACAUGAGGACACUCUGGGCCAAGAAAGCCUAUGGGCUCCAGAGUGAGGUGGCCUACAAGGCAGGAAAUGCACAGUCCAUCCAUCAAUAUACCAUCAGCAAGGAUGAGCCUCUCUUCUUGCAGGCCCGAGCCAAUGCUGCAAACCUCAGUGAGAAAUUGUACAAGAGCAGCUGGGAAAACCAGAAGGCGAAAGGGUUUGAGCUGCGGCUUGAUUCCUUGACCUUCCUGGCAGCCAAAGCCAAGAGGGACCUGGCAAGCGAGAACCAAUACAGGGCAGAUGUGAAGUGGAUGAAAGGCGCGGGCUGGGUCGCCACCGGGUCAUUAAAUGUGGAGCAGGCAAAGAAGGCAGGAGAACUCAUUAGUGAGAGGAAGUACCGUCAGCAUCCUGAUGCUUUGAAGUUUACCAGUAUUAAAGACACUCCGGAGAUGGUCCAGGCCCGAAUUAGUUAUACCCAAGCCGUGGAUAGGUUAUACAAGGAGCAAGGAGAAAACAUAAAACAUCACUACACACAGACGGCAGACCUUCCUGAAGUCCUGCUGGCCAAGCUGAAUGCCAUGAAUCUCAGUGAGACGCGUUACAAGGAAUCCUGGAGCAAACUUCGAGACAGCGGAUACAAACUAAGGUUGGACGCCAUUCCAUUCCAGGUGGCAAAGGCUUCUGGUGAAAUCAUAAGUGAUUAUAAAUACAAAGAGGCAUUUGAGAAAAUGAAAGGACAGAUGCUUGGCUCCCGGAGCUUGGAGGAUGAUAUCAGCCUUGCACAUGCCGUGGAUGCAACCUUGCUGCAGAGUGAUGUGAAUUACAAGAAAGGUUUUGAACACUCAAAGGCACAGUUCCAUCUGCCGUUGGAUAUGGUAAGCCUGGUGCAUGCCAAGAAGGCUCAGACUCUGGCCAGCGACCAGGACUACAAACACCCACUCCCCCAGCACACUGCCUUGGCAGAAGACCUGAGGCUGAGCUGUGCCAAGAAAGCUCACAAAUUGCAGAGCGAGAAUUUGUAUCGGUCGGACCUGAACUUCAUGCGUGGCGUUGCUUGCAUCAUUCCAGGAACUUUGGAGAUUGAAGGGAGGAAGAAAGCGUCUGAGCUCAUCAGCGAGAGUAAAUACCGUCAGCAGCCCCAGUCAUUCAAGUACACGGCUGUGACCGACUCACCCAGCCUCCUUCAUGCGAAGUUCAGCAAUCAGAUUACCAACGAGCGCCUCUAUAAAGCAGCGGGAGAAGACGCCAGACACCAGUACACCAUGACCCUGGGGCUUCCAGAGUUUGUCCUAGCGAAAAUCAAUGCGGCCAAUCUGAGUGACGCAAAAUACAAGGAGUCCUGGCGUAACUUUCGUGCUCAAGGCUACAAGCUGACAACAGAGGCGCUCCCCUUCCAGACGGCUCGGGCCUCUGGAGAGAUCGCCAGUGAUUUUCUCUAUAGACAUGACUUUGUGAAGGAGCGGGGGCGUCUUAUCGGGGCCCGCAGCGUGAGCGACGACCCUCGACUCCAGCACUGCCGGCGGAUGGGCCAGCUGCAAAGUGAGCAUCAGUACCGCAGGGAGGCCGCCAGCACCCAAGCCCAGUGCCACCUGCCCCUGGACAUGGUGAACCUGGUCCAUGCCAGGAAGGCCCAGGCCCUGGCCAGUGACUAUGACUACAGGACACGGUGCCAUGUGUUCACAGCACUGCCCGAGGACCUGGAGAUGGCCUGGGCCAAGAAAGCCCAUGCCCUGCAGAGUGAGCUGCGCUACAAAGCUGACCUGAUGGGCAUGAGGGGUGCGGGCUGGCUGGCUCUGAGCUCCCCGCAGAUGGAGAGUGCAAGGAAGGCUGGAGAACUCAUCAGUGAGACCAAAUACCGUAAGAAGCCAGACAGCAUCAAGUUCACCACAGUGGUCGACUCCCCAGACCUGGUGCAUGCCAAGAGCAGCUACAUGCACUGCAACGAGCGUCUGUACAAGUCGGGGGAUGCUGAGGCCCUGCACAGGUACACCCUGAUCCCUGACCACCCCGAAUUCACCCGAGCCCGCCUCAACGCACUUCAUCUGAGUGACAAAGCCUACCGAAACUCAUGGGAGCAGAUCCGGGCUGGCGGCUGUGACUUCAGGCUGGACGCUAUCCCAUUCCAGACAGCCCGUGCAUCCAGAGAGAUCGCCAGUGAUUUCCGGUACAAAGAGGCCUUCCUGCGGAACCGGGGCCUGCAGAUUGGGUACUGCAGCAUCAACGACGACCCGAGGAUGAGGCAUUUCGUCAGUGUCAGCAAACUCCAGAGUGACAACGAGUACAAGAGGGACUUUGCCAAGACCCGGUCCCAGUUCCACAGCUGUGCGGAUCAGCCUGGCCUCCUCCAAGCCAAGAGGAGCCAGCAGUUGGCCAGUGAUGUGCACUACAGGCAGCCUCUGGCCCAGCCCACCUGCGACCCAGAGCAGCUGGGCCUGAAACACGCGCAGAAGGCUCACCAGCUACAGAGCGAUGUCAAGUACAAAUCAGACUUGAAUCUGACCAGAGGUGUCGGCUGGACCCCUCCCGGCUCCUACAAAGUGGAAAUGGCUCGCCGGGCUGCAGAACUGGCCAACGCCAGGGGCCUGGCUCUCCGGGGUACUUAUGGAGCGCCAGAGGCUGCGAACCCUAGUGGUCAUCAGCAGGAAGACGUGAACCCUGAUGCCACUGAGAUUCUGCACGUCAAGAGGAGGAAAGCUCUGUACUGA